AACCAAAACAGAAAAAACAAGAACAAGAGGAAGAAGAAGAAGAAGAAGCUCAAUAUUAACAGUUUUGGUUUGCUUGUUUUUGUUUGGGCAAGGUUUGUUUCUCAACAACCUUAAAUCUUCACCCUUUUUUUUUUUAAUUUUUCGUUUUUAAAAAAGCCGCGGCUUUUUCUUUCUUGUUCGUCUUUCUUUUUUAGCAAAUGCAAGUUCUCCCCGCAGUUUCGAUUUCCGUUUCUUUCAACGAUAUCCGAAACGUUUCAAUUCUCCGUUCACUAAUUUUUUUUUCACCUCAAAAAUUCCGCUGCUUCGAUCUUAUUCUGACUUUUUUUUUAGCGAAGUAAUUAAUUUGAAUUUUUAGGAAGAAAAAACACUUUUUUUUUGUUUUUUUUUUUAAUUUAAACAUGAUGUUAUCGGCGUCGCCGACGAGUUUAGCGAAAAGUUCGCUAGAAGAAAUGUUAGACUCUCUCCGGCGACGAGACGAGGCCGAGAAGCCUAAAGACUUACCCCCGGCUUUACCGGCCAGGCCCACAUCCAAGGCUCGACUUCCCCCGGCUCGCCGGUCCCUUCCGACGAACUUCAAAGUCGAUGCCAAUGGCGAAACAGGAGGGAAUUGCGGUGAAAACGGUGGCGGUUUAAGUGAAGUGAGAGGGAAAGAGGAAGGCAAAAGGAAGGAGAAGGAGUUGGGAGUGAAGAGGAAUAGCUUUGGGAGCAAGAAAAUGAGGAAAGAUGUCAAUGUGGAUUCCCCGUAUAAUAUGGAGGCAGUGGAAGGGAAGAAAGGGGAGGAAAAGGACGGGAAAAGUAGGGUUUCGGAUGCGAAAGUUGAGAUGAAGGAAGGAGGGAAAGGGAAGGCGGAGUGGGAGGAGAACGACAAUAUUGAGUAUUUUAUUAAGAAAAAACUUCUUGUUUGGUGCUGGCUAUCCAAUGGGGUGUGGGGAUCGGGAACUAUACAAUCUACUUCAGGAGAGGAAUCAUUUGUCUCCCUCUCCAAUGGAAAUGUUGUAAAAGUCUCUACCGGUGAGCUCUUACCUGCAAACCCAGAAAUUUUGGAGGGUGUGGAUGAUCUCAUACAGCUUAGUUAUUUGAAUGAGCCAUCAGUUGUUCACAAUCUUAAGUACAGAUAUUCUCGUGAUAUGAUAUAUAGUAAAGCAGGCCCAGUUUUGAUUGCAGUCAACCCCUUCAAAGAUGUAAAAAUUUAUGGGAAGGAUUUUGUCACAGCCUAUAGACAGAAAGCUACAGACAGCCCUCAUGUUUUUGCUAUAGCAGACAUGGCAUAUAACGAGAUGAUGAAUGAUGGAGUAAAUCAGUCUAUAAUCAUAAGUGGGGAAAGUGGAGCUGGGAAAACUGAGACAGCAAAAUUUGCAAUGAAGUACCUAGCUGCACUUGGAGGUGGCAGUGGUGGGAUAGAGUGUGAAAUCCUUCAGGCAAAUUGUAUACUUGAAGCAUUUGGGAAUGCAAAGACGUCUAGGAAUGACAACUCUAGCCGAUUUGGGAAACUUAUUGAAAUUCAUUUUACCACAUUAGGGAAGAUGUCUGGUGCCAAGAUUCAAACUUUUCUUCUGGAAAAGUCAAGAGUAGUUCAGCUGGCUGCUGGUGAAAGGUCAUACCAUAUAUUUUAUCAACUUUGUGCUGGUGCUCCACCAACUCUAAGAGAGAGACUGAAUCUUAAAAUGGCUAACGAGUACAACUAUCUUGUCCAGAGUGACUGCUUGGUGAUUGAUGGUGUUGAUGAUGCUCAGAAAUUCCACAAGCUUAUGGAAGCCUUGGACAUUGUUCAAAUUUGCAAAGAAGAGCAAGAGCAAGCAUUGAAAAUGCUUGCUGUAGUGUUAUGGCUGGGAAAUAUUUCGUUUCAAGUAAUUGACAAUGAAAAUCAUGUGGAGGCAUUGGCUGAUGAAGCUUUAACCAGUGCUGCCAAACUGAUGGGUUGUGCACCACAUGAACUGAUGCAAGCUUUAUCUACUCACAGAAUGCAAGCUGGCAAGGAUAGUAUUGCUAAAAAAUUGACAUUGCGACAGGCAAUUGACACGAGAGAUGCAUUGGCAAAAUUUAUCUAUGCAAGCUUGUUUGACUGGCUUGUGGAACAAAUCAAUAAGUCGCUUGAAGUGGGCAAACAGUGCACUGGCAGGUCCAUAAGCAUCCUUGAUAUUUAUGGGUUUGAGUCCUUUAAGAAGAAUAGCUUUGAACAGUUUUGUAUAAAUUAUGCAAAUGAGAGGUUGCAACAACACUUCAACCGGCACCUAUUUAAGCUUGAGCAGGAGGAGUAUGAAUUGGAUGGGAUUAAUUGGACUAAAGUUGAUUUUGCUGACAACCAAGAGUGCUUGGACUUAUUUGAGAAGAAACCGUUUGGGCUACUUUGCUUACUGGAUGAGGAAUCAAAUUUCCCCAAUGCAACUGAUUUGACCUUUGCUAAUAAGUUGAAGCAGCACUUGAAUGCUAAUCCUUGCUUCAAAGGAGAUAGAGGCAGGGCCUUCGGUGUUCGUCAUUUUGCAGGAGAGGUACUCUAUGAUACAAAUGGCUUUUUGGAAAAGAACCGAGACCCACUGAACUCUGAGUUAGUCCAACUUCUAUCAUCAUGUAAUGGCCAAUUGCCACAAUCAUUUGCCUCUAAAAUGCUUAAUCAAUCUCUGAAACCAGCAACUUCAUUUGAUGCUUCAAAGCAAAGCGUCGGUGCAAAGUUCAAGGGUCAACUCUUCAAACUAAUGAACCAGUUGGAGAAUACAACACCUCACUUUAUCCGCUGCAUAAAGCCAAAUUGCAAGAAGCUUCCUGGCAUGUAUGAAGAGGAUCUUGUCUUGCAGCAGCUUAGAUGGUGUGGAGUUUUAGAGAUUGUUAGAAUCUCAAGAUCUGGAUACCCUACGCGUAUGACACAUCAGAAAUUUGCAGAAAGGUAUGGGUUCCUACUGUCGAAGACCAAUGUAUCUCAGGAUCCAUUAAGUAUUUCAGUUGCUGUUCUACAACAAUUUAAUGUCCUCCCUGAAAUGUAUCAAAUUGGCUAUACCAAACUGUAUCUUCGAACUGGGCAGAUUGGUGCAUUGGAGCAUAGGAGAAAACAAGUGUUGCAAGGAGUAAUUGAGGUUCAGAAAUACUUCCGGGGUCACCAGGCUCGUCGCCUUUUCCAUGAGCUCAACAAAGAAGCAAAACAUAUACAAUCAUUUGUCCGCGGUGAAAACAUCCGAAGGAAGCAUGCUGUUGAGGGAAAUAUGUGCUCAGCAUUUGCUUCCCAAUUACUUGACGAGCAGUUGACGGCAGUCAUAUAUUUACAAUCUGUAAUCCGUGGGUGGCUGGCCCGGAGACAUUUCAAUAACAUGCAUAAUUUGAAACAGUUAAACCGUGAAAGUGUAAAAUCUAGACGAAAGAUGGGUAGGAGGAUUUCUGAAGCAAAGGGCAUACCACAUGAGCAACAGAUUCCAGUUCUGCCUUCUGUAAUGGCAGAGCUUCAGAAAAGGGUUCUCAAGGCAGAAGCGACUUUGGGGCAAAAAGAACAGGAAAAUGCCACAUUACGGGAGCAAUUACAACAGUAUGAGGCAAGGUGGUUGGAGUAUGAGUCAAAAAUGAAAUCAAUGGAGGAGAUGUGGCAAAAGCAAAUGGCAUCACUGCAAUCAAGUCUUGCCGCUGCCAGAAAGAGUCUUGCUGCUGACAGUACUACUGGUCAGCUUGGAAGAGUUGAUGUUGCAUCACCUCGUUGUUAUGAUUCUGAAGAUAUGUCCAUGGGAUCUCGAACUCCUGGUGGGAACACACCUGUCUUAUAUUCUGGUGCGAUGCCUGAUUUUGUUGGGGGAAGGGAGAAUGGUUCUUUGAAUGCAGUGAGCAAUCUGGUAAAGGAACUCGAGCAGCGGAAACAAACAUUUGAUGAUGACGCAAAAUCUUUGAUUGAGGUCAGAACGGCCCACCCAGGUUCUGUUACGAAUCCUGAUGAUGAACUCCGGAGAUUAAAACUCAGAUUUGAGACAUGGAAGAAAGAUUACAAAACGAGAUUAAGGGAAACCAAGGCAAGACUACAUAAACGUGGGCAUCCAGAAUCAGACAAAGCCCGAAGAAAAUGGUGGGGGAAGCUAAGUUCAAGAGCAUAGAAUUGCAGUUUGAAAGGAUCAUCGAUCUCAGCUUGGUCCAAGCAAUAUCCAAGAGUUGUUGCCCAAAAUGCCACCUGCUUCCGUUCUCAGGUACAGUUAUUUACGUUUAUGGCGACAAUCAUAAACGUUUCUAUAGUCCGUGGACAGCGAAGGGAGACAUUGUAUAUCUACCGAUUUUUGUUACUUGGUGGGAGGAAUUAUCAUGUGAAUAGACGAAUAGCAAUUUCUUGAGACCGCCUUCUUCUUCGAAUGGUUCGGUUUAGUUUGUGUAUAUUCUGUUUCCAGUGAUGUAAGGUCCAAACUAUGUAGUUCCUUGAAUACAGAUGAAAUGAGAAAUGUUCAUAUGCCUUUUCCCUAAA